GAUUCCGACACUGUGAAGAAGCCCUUGGCAGUGACACUGUGUGUUCAUUAUGGAGAGAGAGAAAAUGUUUAGAUCCACUUUGCAGAUUUAGACACAUGGAAAUGCAGCAAAACUGCAGCAUUUCAUGCUUCUGGGAAACCCAACCUCUUGGUUGUGUGAAGAUCAGUUGUAUCUUUUACCACAGCAAACCCCGAAAUAUCAAUGGAUUAUUUUUGCCACCAAGUAGCAACACCACCUUACAGAAAGAAAGUCAGGAAAGAAGUCCACCCCCAAGCCGGAGUCAGGAACCUCUGAAACCCAUGGAGAAUGUAUCACGACCCAUUCAUAAUCCAUUAGUUUUAAAAACUAAUUUUGAAGAAGAAGAGGAAGAAGAGGUAGAAGAGGAACAAAACGAUGCUUCUAGUUUAUGGACAAAGACCCCCGAAGAAAUUGAAGAGAAAAGAGCAAUAAAGGAGAUGUGUUAUAAAUCUGGUGAAUACUAUAGAUUCCAUGCUCCUCCAGACAUUUCGUCAUCAAAAAGCGCAGCUCCUACAGUGGAAAAAGAGUUAGAAAAGCCUUUGGAAAAUGGCAGUGAGUUGCAAGAAGGGGAUGGUCUUACAGUUCCAACAAAGUUCAGCCUCUUUGAAAGGUCGGGUGAGGCCAAAACAUCAUUGGAUAGGAAACCAAGGACUGACAUUGCUGCUUUUGAAAACGGAGGGGGUGACUGCUAUGCUCCACAGAGGAUCAUAUUUCUUGGUGUGGAUGAAAGUGAAACAUUAGCUGAAGUGAAAGAAAUCACCUCCAAAUGUUCAAAUGUCAAAGAAGAAAGCAUGGACAGUCUACAUCCAAAGCGUACCCUAACCACCCGCCUAGUCUCUACAACGCAUGUGCUAAAUGCUACAGAGAACAUCAGCGUGAAGUGCAGAGAGAGCCCCUCUUCAACGAAUGAUGUCCAGCCAGUGAGGAAGCCUCAUUUUAAAGGUGUGAAGAAAAGAAAAUGGAUUUAUGAUGAACCAAAGAACUUUCCUGGCUCUGGAAGGCGGAGAGCAGCACACACCCCAAAUCCCAAACAUAAAAUGAGUUACCACCAUCAGAAUAAAAACCGAAAUGCUGAGAACGCCUCCUACAUGCAUGUCCAAAGAGAUUCAGUAAGAACUGUCGCACUGAACGCCCCUCCCCGAAGCAGGCCCACAACUGGGUCCUACAACAAAGCUGAUGUCAACAAGGAACCCAAACUCAACCUCUGUCCAGGGCACAUGGAAACGUCUCAGUUACUGACGUACAUGACACUGGAGUUCCUGCGUGGGCUCUUUGUUCAGCUGUACCAUGAUGAACAGAGAACUAAGUUGGAGGGUGUGCUUCUCAGGCCUUCAAAUUCCUUAGAGAUAAGAGAUGUGUGCCCUUUGCUUUCUUCCAACCCCAUCAUAAUCAGAAAUAACACCUUUGUAAACUGCAGCCUUGAAAACUCAUUUUCAUCUGAACUGUUUUUUCCUAAAUUUCGCUUUCUUGUCCUUCAAUAUUCCCACAUCAAUAUCCAGACAACUUUUGGUUUCCUCUGCCUUGCUGAUUCCAAAUUCUCCUGUACUAUAACCUAUACUACCAUAUGUUCAAGGCGGAAGAACAAUCACCAUUUAAAAUUAGAAUAUGUAGUAGUUACCUUUCUCAUUGCUGUGGACAUAUACUAA